ACCCACACUGUGACACAGUUUUUUCUUGACAUUUUCAUUCGCGAGUGGCUUCACGCAACUGUGCCAAAUCUGCCGCGAAAUUAUCAGUUCGGGUCCGCCUAAAUACUUAGAAUUUAGUUCUUUAAGUUCCGCCAAGUACUACUCACCCUCUCGAGCGAAAAUCGGACGAACCCUGCGAAGAUGGAGGAUAUUUUUCACUGGUGUCGGGAAGGCAACGCAAUCCAGGUUCGCUUGUGGCUAGACGACACGGAACAUGAUAUGAAUCAGGGUGACGACCAUGGCUUCAGUCCUCUGCAUUGGUGCGCAAAAGAAGGACACUAUAAACUCGUAGAAAUGCUUUUGCAACGCGGAGCUCGAGUUAACGCAACAAAUAUGGGAGAUGAUAUUCCGUUACAUUUAGCUGCUGCGCACGGUCAUCGCGAUAUAGUUUUGCUGCUUUUGAGAGAACGUUCCGAUGUGAACGCCACGAACGAGCAUGGCAACUCUCCGCUCCACUAUGCUUGCUUCUGGGGCUAUGAUGUUAUUUGCGAAGACUUGAUUAAUCAUGGAGCUCUUGUGUCGCUGGCGAACAAGGAUGGCGAUACCCCAUUAGACAAAACAAAACAGGGUUAUGCGAAAAGGUUCCAAGACUUGGCGGAACGUAACGGUCAAGAAAUGAAAAAGAUUAGCUUUAAGGAUCAGAGCUGGCUUGGACUGAAGACACGAUCCCGCGAUGCUACUCUAUCGCGGUACAAGGGAAUCAACAUUAACGACUUGGAUUUGCGCAGUCAAUUGGCAAUCACACCAACAGGGCAGACAUGGCGUGGUCGCUGGCAGAAGAAUGAUAUCGUCGCUAAAUUCUUAGACGUUAGACAGUGCACACCAAGAAUUUCGCGAGAUUUCAACGAAGAAUUCCCCAAGUUGAGGAUUUUCUCACAUCCGAAUAUCUUGCCCGUAAUCGGAGCAUGCAAUACACCGCCAAAUUUGGUUGUUAUUAGUCAGUAUAUGCCACGGGGCUCGCUUUACGACUUGCUCCACGGAGCCGCUGGUGUCGUUGUGGACACAGCACAGGCAGUUCGUUUCGCUUUGGACAUCGCUCGUGGUAUGGCCUACCUACACUCUCUGGAACGUAUUGUUCCUCGUUAUUAUCUCAACAGCUAUCACGUGAUGAUCGACGAGGACUUAACUGCACGUAUAAACAUGGGUGAUGCGAAAUUCUCGUUCCAAGAACGUGGACGUUUGUAUCAUCCUGCGUGGAUGUCGCCUGAAGCUCUGUUGAAGAAGCCAGCAGAUCGAAACUGGGAGGCAUGCGAUAUGUGGAGCUUCGCCAUGUGCAUGUGGGAAUUGGCAACGCGUGAAAUUCCAUUUGCUGAUCUAUCACCCAUGGAGUGUGGUAUGAAGAUAGCCUGUGAAGGUCUACGCGAAAAAAUCCCACCGGGAACAUCGCCGUAUUUAAGUAAAUUGAUUACAAUUUGCAUGAAUGAGGAUCCAGGAAAACGACCGAAAUUCGAUAUGAUUGUACCAAUUUUGGAUAAAAUGAAGCGCUAAUUUGUUGAAACACUUAUCUUGUGGAAAAUUGAUGCCAAAUAUGCAACGAACAUUACUUCAAUUCUAAUAUUGCUAAAGGAGCAGGAAAUUAAUAUGAUCUAUUAUCUUGCUUGCGAACGUACUUCCAUUUUUAUAAAUUCGACUUUUCCAAACUUUCUCCUUGUUGCAUAUAAAAAUCCAAAUAAUAACACAAAAUCGUGCCUGUAAAAACUAGAGUUGAAUAGGAAAUAGAAGUUCAUCCAGGACGAAGUCCUCUGAGGACGUUAAUGUGCCUAAUCGAAUUUGUUACGAAUAACCAUUUAAAAGAAUUUUAUAAUUUACGUGUUACGCUUGUCCGCUUUUAACGGUUUGAGAACUACGACAGCUGCCUUAUUGUAUAAGUAUUUGCUAAAAAAUAUUGCACAAUUAUUAGUCAAUUAAGAAUUAAAGUAUUUACAUGUUUGCUAAAGACUAAUCGAGCCCGAUUUAGGACUACGUGGAUUUUAAAUUAACACUCAGUGUAUUAUUUGUAUCCGCAUCAGAAUUGCAGAAAUUUUUUUGGAUUGUAUUCAAAUUUACACAAAUUUUAUUCAUAUUGUUUUUUUAUAAAAUCAAGGACGAGCGGGUGUAACGACAAUUUAUAAUCUGGUGCUUUUCUUACGAUAACUGAGUUCAAAUAUCCAAUUGUAUUUUUAAAAUUAGUUUUAACUAAAAAUUGUACACUUUUAAUACGGUUGUUAAUUGUAACAUAGAAUUUUUUAAAAUAAU